AUGUCACAGGACCAACUGCACCAGCAGAUGUCCAAUCUGUCGUUGGAUCAACAACCUCAACAACCAACAAAGACUUCCAGAAGACAUAAAAGACCUACGAGGGCAUACCAUGACGUAAAUUCCGGCAGCUUUAGCAAUGGAUUGCAAGCACAAGGUAAUGAACAACAAUUUGUUAAUCAAUUUCAGCCUAACAUGAACACGAGUACACCCCAAUUUAACAACGUUGCUCAAUUUGGUGGUGCCGGGCCUUUGCAAGAUCAAACCUUUAGUCCACAACAAGUAAAUCCUUCGAUGUCCGUUACUGGCAUCCAAAAUGGAAAUAUGCAAAACCAUAUGGCAGGAGGGAAUCAAUUUGAAGCCAACGCCAUGCCCGCCAAUGCAGGUGAUGCAGUAGGAACAUCAUCUCAUUAUGUUCCUACUCAGAGAUGGGAAGAUCAAAUAAAUUAUUUAACCAAAACUUUCCAAACAAUGAAUGAUUCAGUACCACCUUUACCAACCACUAGUUUUUAUAGUGUUGAUCAGGGAUCAUGUAACCCCAAAACAAUGAGUUUAUCAAUGUUAAAUAUCCCCGAAAAUGAACAAUUGAGACACGCAACAAAAUUACCUUUAGGUAUGACCAUACAGCCAUUUUCCGAUUUGGUAACCUUAAACGGCACCGAUAUUCCUACAAUCAGCUCCAUUGAUGGAGAAAAUAAAGUGAAAGCUCCAAUUCGUUGUCAUCGUUGCCGUUCUUAUAUUAAUCCGGGCUAUAAAUUAUCAUACGACUCAACAUUCUCAUGUAACAUUUGUAAGGUUAAAUCAAAGAUGCCGAUGGAUAUACUCCCAGGAUUGAAUAAUGGAGGUAAUGCAACAUCUUUGGAAGGAAGACCUGAAAUGAGUAAUGGUACCGUUGAUUUUUUGGCCCCAUCAGAAUAUAAUGCCAUUCAAGGCAAAGAAUCUUUACCAUUACAUUAUAUUUUCGUCAUUGAUGUGACAUCAAUGGCAAUUGGAAAUGGAAGUGUACUGGCAGUUAUUGAGGCAAUUAGACAGUCCAUUGAAUAUAUCAUUGACAAUCAACCAAAAUGUAAAGUAGCUAUUAUGACAUUUGAUAACAAGUUAAAAUUUUAUAACUUAAGACCAGAGUUGGAUGCUGCACAAGAAUACAUUGUUGCAGAAUUAUCUGAUGUAUUCAUUCCAUUCUAUAACGGUCUGUUCGCUGAUCCUGCUGAGUCCAUAAACGUAAUUACCGAUACCUUAAGAAAGAUUGAAAAUUUUGUUAGAACCGACAUUGGUGGCCCAGUUCCCAACAAUUGUUAUGGUUCUGCUAUUGAAGCUGCCAAACUUGCUUUAUCCGAAAUUACAGGUAACCAAGGUGGUAAGAUUAUUUGUUCCUUAAAUUCGUUACCAACAGUCGGUAAUGGUAAUCUACGUGUUAGAAGGGAUGAUAAUUUGAAGCAAAACCUACAAUGUGACAAUGAUUUCUACAGAAAAUUGUCAGAUGAUCUAUUAAGGUCUUAUAUAUCCGUUGAUCUGUUCGUAACGUCCGAUGCAUUCGUCGACAUGCUAACAGUUGGUACACCGGUCGAAAUGACUGCAGGUACAUUAAAAUAUUAUCCAAAAUUCCAAAAGGAAAUGGAUGAUCAUUUAAUUAUAAAUGAUAUGAUUGAAAAUGUUUCCAAUAUUGUUGGUUAUCAAGCCUUGUUAAAAGUUCGUUGUUCUACGGGGUUGACAGUUGAUCAAUACUAUUUGAAAUCCGUUGAUUACUCCGACCGUGAUCCAAUGUUCCCUAUUUUAACAAAGAAUACAGUUUUGGACGUCUUAUUGAAAUAUACUGAUAAGUUGAAAGCGAAGGAAGAUGCUUAUUUUCAGACUGCAAUUCUAUAUACAGAUAUAAAUGGUGUAAGAAAAGUCCGUUCCAUCAAUUGUACAGGUGCAGUAUCUAAUAACAUGCCUGAAGUAUUCAAAUUCAUGAAUCAAAAUGCGUUAAUGCGUAUUAUGAUAAAGGAUGUUAUCAGAACUCUCGGAAAUUGUGAUUACAUUGGCAUUAGAAAGACAAUUGAACAGAAGGUUGCAGAGAUUUUAACUCAAUACACUGCGCUUGGUCGUAGAAAUCCAAAUUCGUUGGUUCUUCCAGAUGCCAUUAAGACAUUACCUAUGUAUUUAUUAUCGUUUGAAAAAUCUGAUCUUAUGAAACCAAAUGCUCAUAGUACGCGUGGAAAUGAUAGAGUCUAUGAUUUAUUCACAUAUGGGAUGCUUAAUAGUUCAAGAUUAUCUUAUAAAUUAUAUCCACAAUUUAUUCCAUUGCAUGCAUUAUUAGAGGAAAAUGAUUUAACUUUCUACGAUAGCAAUAAUAAAAUGUUACAAAUUGAAUCACAAUCUGUUGAUGAAUUAUCUGUAAGAAAUGGAUUCAAUCAACUUCUUAACGGUGGUUGUUAUUUAAUUUGUAAUGGUGAAAAAGUAUACCUGAUGUUCAACAAAAAUACAAAUAGAAUGUUAUUACAAGAUUUAAUUGGUGCUGAUCCUACUAUUGCUCUCAAUGAUAUUACAUUGUAUGGUGGUAUUCUACCUGAGAUGGACUCUCAAAUUAAUGAAAAAGCUAGAAAUGCCAUUCAAUACUGGUGUGAAGUUUGUAAUAAACAAUCUUUGCCAAUAGUUUUAUUAAGACCAGAAGUUGAUAACUAUUAUCAAGAAGUAAUGGGUAAGAUAUUAUGCGAGGACGAAACUAUUAACAAAAUUCCAUCCUAUGAAAAGUAUUUGAUUCAAUUACACGCUACCAUCCAAGAAAAGGUUAAAAAAGAAGAUUACAUCAAAGUUGCUGGGAAUUCAAAAAGUCAUGAACUAUUUCAUCAACAAUAUGUUCAAUUUUAA